AUGUCUGCUGCCCUGAACGCUCGGGCAGAUACAUCGGCACAAUCUGCAGGGACUGUGCCGGACCUCUCGCUUUCCUCUCUGACCUCGGCGUUCUCAACUCCCGGUCGAGCCCUCAGAGUUCCCUCUGCGUCGUCUCAUACAACUGCAACCUCGUCCGCACCUAUCUCCACGCCUUCACCACCUAAUGUACCCUCACUGAGCAGGAGAAGAGGCGAUGAGGCGACACCCGCGCUCAAGCGACUUGGUCUGUCAAGCUACGAGGAGGAAGGCGAGGAAGCAGAGGCAGACGUGUUGGAUACUCCGGGACGAGAGAAGAAAUGGGAGGAUCCUGCGACUACACCUGCGGCUGGGCGUAUGAAACGCACCCGGAGCGCAGGAUCCAAAGGUGGCGUCAAUCUCACUUUGCGAGACCAAGAGAAGGCCUCAGGAAGGAUUGCCCGCUGCUGUCCGGACUGUGCAUCAGGCCUUGGUACGAGCGGAUUGCAGGAUCAGGCCUCGUCAGCCAUGCAACUCAUGGUAGAUAUUGGGCAACACAUUGACAGCCUCAAGAAGGAGAAUUUCAACAUCAAGCUCAAGGUGCACUUCCUCGAGGAGCGACUUGCGCAGCUCGCUCCGGACCAGAUCGAAGCCGCGCUCAAGCAGAAUAUCAACCUCAAGAUCGAAGUCCAACAGCGCGGAAUGGAGCUGAAGAAGCUCAGGAAGCUCGUCCUCGAGCAGCAGCGCGAGCUCGAGAGGCUCCAGCGUGGUAACGGCUCCCAGUCGCGUGCGCGCGAGCUCGAGGAGAAGCUCGAGGAGCGCGAGCGCGAGAUCCGGGAGCUCCGACGGAGGAGAGCUGUCGGCCCCAACGACGGUGUCCUGAGGGAACUCGAGGCGCGCAACGCGGAGCUGGAGGAGGAGCUGGAGAACGUGCGUGGGCUCUUGGAGGAGAACACAGAGGAGAUGGAGCGGCUGCGGGACUUGGUCGAGCGGCGCGGCGACGACUCCGCUGAGGAGGACAGGAGCGACAGGUGGCGGCGGCGGAUCGAAGAGGUCGAGGACGAAAACGAGGACUUGCGCACGAGGAUCGACGAGCUGGAAGAACUGGUCACCCACGGGAACGAUGAGAAGGAGGACCUCGCGGAUAUGGUGGAGGCACUGAAGCUCGACAUCGAGAAUCUGCAGCGGAGACGGGAAGCCGAGUCCGUCGAGCGAAGUCAGAGCCGCGUGCAGAUCUUGGAGGAGCGGGAGGAGCGGGAGGCAGUCGAGGAAGAUCUGAAUGCCUUCAGGGACAAGCUGGCGGCUGCGCAUAUUGAGCUCCAGCAGAAGGAAGACGACCUCGACAUGAAGGACCGCGAGAUCGAGGAGGUUGUGGCAGAGCACAAGCGCAUUGUCGAGACGCUUGAUGAUGAGUGGCGAGGCGAGAUGGACGAGCUGCGGGGCCAAGUGGAAGAGCUCAAGGACGUUCUUGAGCAGAAGGACGGCGAGAAUAGGGAUCUUCGCAUGAGCCUCGCUGAGGUCGAGAAUGGCAUGGCCGAGCUCCAAGACCAAACUGAGAUCGCAGUUGGACACCUCCAGCAGGAAUCUGAGGAGAAGGACGCUGAGAUCGAGGCUGCCAAUCGGGAGAUCGAGAAGCUUGGUCACCAAGUCUACAUGCUGGAGGAGGAGAACGAGCGGAUGAAAGACGCAAGUGAUCGACUCCGGGAGGAUGAGGCCGUAGAAAGGGAGCGUCUCGAGGCGCUAGCGUCCGCUUUGAAAGAGAAAGUGGCUGGGCUCAAAGCACAGCUCGAGGAGAUGCAUGACCUCAUCGACGCUCGCGACCACGACAUCGCUACCUACAGGGCCCGCUCAGAAGAGCUCGCGCAACAUGUGGAGAACCUUGUUCAAGAGGUCCAGCGCGAACGUGCUGCCCGAGAGCACCUAGAGGCCGACAUCGCCAGAGCCGAGAAGGAGCAUGAUGCCGCUCUACGCGCUGAGCAGCGUGCCUUGGAGGCCAAAGAGUCAGCGCUGCAGUCUGCCCUCAACGACCUCGCACGGACACAGUCUAUCCUCACGCAGCGCGAGAACGACCUUGCACAGGUGCAGUCUGCGCUCGAGACGCUGGAAGCUGAGUCGAAGAAGCUGGGUGAGACGCACACUACUGCUCGGUUCUCUCUUCAGCUCGAAGUCGAUCGACUCAAGCGCGACUUGGAGCGGCUCGAAGACGAACUGUCGAGGGCUCGCAACGAGCUGGGCGACCGCGAGGGCAAGGGCCGCGAGCGCGACGGCGUCAUCGACAAGCUCCACGCGGAGAACCGCGAGCUCGCGUCGCAGCUUGCGGCGCAGACGCAGGCGCGGCUGAACGUGUCCCAGAAGCUCGAGAACACCAUCGAGAGCUUGAAGGCGGCCGAAUCAGAGGUCGUGCAGUUCAAAACCAAGAUCGCUGAGCUGGAGCAGAGGCUGGCGAAGGACCAGCGAUCCCUUCUCUCUGCCGAGGCGCAGUACCGCGACCAGCUCACUGAGCGCAAUACGCUUCUGUUGACCAUCUACCAGUACAUGGACAAGAUCCUCGGAGUCGACAAGACACCGAAGAAGAAUGGUCAAGCGGAGACGAAACCUUUCACGAACUUCGGCGUCUUCCACGACAACCUCAUCUCACGCCUGAAGCAACUGAGCGAGAUCCAGGGCCUCUUCGACAAGCGUGUCAAGGACGCCGAGUCCAAGUACGCCGAGAAACUGAGCGACAUGCGCAAGCAGCUCGACUUCCGGUGGAAGCAGAUCGACAAGUUCGAGACGAGCCUGAAGACCGUCGCCGAGGCGAAGACGUCAUGGCGCAAGAAGCUCAGUGCGAGGGAGGGCGAGGUCGAGGCGCUCAAGACGACCGUCAGCGAGCUUCAGGCGCAGCUUGUCAGCAUUCGCAAGCCGGGCCAGGGCGACUCCAUGGAAGUCCGUGCGCUUGCUGCUCGCGCAAACAAUGCGGAGAGGCGCAUCACGAACCUGCAGAAUCAGCUCCUGUUGUCGGAGGAACGGCUGACGACCAUGAACCAGAAGACGGUCACUGCAGAUUCGAAGUGGGAGGUGCGUGUCAAGGAGUACGAAACUCGAUUGAAGAAGGCGGAGGAAGCCGUCAAGCGAGAGCGACAGGGCGCGAAAGAGCGCGUGUACGAGCUGGAAACACAGUUGAAAACGCUACAACGGCAAUUGGAACUCGAGAACAAGCGCAAUCAGCGUCUUCAAGAGAUCACAGAGUCGAAUGGGCUCAACAACAGGUCGCCCAGACCAUCAUGA